GUACGGUACUUCUGCUGUUGGGGGAGCCUAUUAUCUCCUUAUGCUCGGUGAUCGCUAUUUAAAGUAACGCAAUUUUUGGGGUCUGUGCACAUUUCCUCUUCUUCACUCUUCGAAACUAUUCAAGUGGCGGUAAUCGUGAGGAAGUUGCGUUUAUUUCACCUUUUGCGGGAAUUGCGGCAAAAACGAAUGUGGGUCACGUACAUCGGGUCAGAAGAUGCUUCCUCGUUUCAAAGCAGGCGAUAAAUCGAAAAUGAAACGAAACAAAACAAAAUAUGUUCACAUUUUGGCAAACCCUCACAUUUAUAUUAAUUAUCUAUGUUUCCUGUGUUGCGGUACACCUUGUCAAGUUGUUAUUUUUUAGGGAUCGGCACAGUGAAUCCCUGUGGCCAAAAAAUCGAUGCAAACCCGUCAAAACCUUGAUCAUAAUGGGAUCAGGAGGACAUACUGGAGAAAUGGUACGUCUCUUGUCGACGCUCGAUUUCCGACACUUUUCUCCAAGGCUUUAUCUUGUUGCGAGAACAGAUGACAUGAGUGCAAAACGAGUACAACAGCUGGAAUCUAGUCACAUCAGCACAGCUGGCUUGUUUCAGACGGUUAGCAUUUCUAGGAGCAGAGAAGUACAUCAGUCUUGGAUCACCACCAUUGUAUCAUUCCUACAGUCAACUUUGGAAUGUCUGAGAAUACUGUUUUAUUACCAGCCAGAUUUGAUCUUGUGCAAUGGCCCUGGCACUUGCGUUCCACCUUGUAUUAUUGCCUUGCUCCUAAGAGUUUUAUGGAUCAAACGCUCUACAGUCAUCUUCAUUGAAAGCAUCUGCAGGGUGAACACACUGUCCUUAACGGGAAAAUUGAUGGUGUGUUUCUUAGCCGAUCGCUCCAUCGUCCAGUGGCCAGAGUUGCAUGCGAAAUAUCCACAAACUGUUUUUCUAGGACGACUAGUUUAAAUCUCAACGUUUACAUCUACAAUAAAUUUGCCUUUGACGAUCGAAUUUUUGCAGCCUCCCGGUGCAGUCUGCUAUUUCAGUUUAUUGAGUAUUGACGUUUCAAGGGCAAAUUGGUUCUGGAUGGGGAUCACUACGGCAGUAGCAGCUGUAACCGGCUGUCACUAAGGCGCGCUUUGGUCACAGAAUAUAAUAGCCGAUCCAAUU